AUGCGUAUGAACCAGCCGGAAACAGGACAACAUACUUCACCUGAAGCUACACUAGAGGGUACAAAGCUACACCAGAAGGUACACCAGAAGGAACACAGCUACACCAGAAGGUACACAGCUAAACCAGAAGCUACACAGCUACACCAGAAGCUACACCAGAAGCUGCACCAGAAGCUACACCAGAAGCUACACCAGAAGCUACACCAGAAGCUACACCAUAAGCUACACCAGAAGGUACACAGCUACACCAGAAGGUACACAGCUACACCAGACGGUGCACAGCUACACCAGAAGGUACACAGCUACACCAGAAGCUACACCAUAAGCUACACCAGAAGGUACACAGCUACACCAGAAGGUACACAGCUACACCAUAAGCUACACCAUAAGCUACACCAGAAGCUACACCAGAAGCUACACCAGAAGCUACACCAGAAGCUACACCAUAAGCUACACCAGAAGGUACACAGCUACACCAGAAGCUACACCAGAAGCUACACCAUAAGCUACACCAGAAGGUACACAGCUACACCAGAAGGUACACAGCUACACCAGAAGCUACACCAGAAGCUACACCAUAAGCUACACCAGAAGGCACACAGCUACACCAGAAGCUACACCAGAAGCUACACCAUAAGCUACACCAGAAGGUACACAGCUACACCAGAAGCUACACCAGAAGCUACACCAGAAGGUACACAGCUACACCAGAAGUUACACAGCUACACCAGAAGCUACACCAUAAGCUACACCAUAAGCUACACCGGAAGCUACACCAGAAGCUACACCAGAAUCUACACCAGAAGCUACACCAUAAGCUACACCAGAAGGUACACAGCUACACCAGAAGGUGCACAGCUACACCAGAAGGUACACCAGAAGCUACACCAGAAGCUACACCAUAAGCUACACCAGAAGGUACACAGCUACACCAGAAGCUACACCAGAAGGCACACCAGAAGGUACACAGCUACACCAGAAGCUACACCAGAAGCUACACCAGAAGGUACACCAGAAGGUACACAGCUACACCAGAAGGUACACAGCUACACCAGAAGGUACACAGCUACACCAGAAGGUACACAGCUACACCAGAAGGUACACAGCUACACCAGAAGCUACACCAGAAGCUACACCAGAAGCUACACCAGAAGGUACACCAGAAGGUACACAGCUACACCAGAAGGUACACAGCUACACCAGAAGGUACACAGCUACACCAGAAGGUACACAGCUACACCAGAAGGUACACAGCUACACCAGAAGCUACACCAGAAGCUACACCAGAAGGUACACAGCUACACCAGAAGGUACACAGCCACACCAGAAGGUACACAGCUACACCAGAAGCUACACCAGAAGGCACACCAGAAGGUACACCAUAAGCUACACCAGAAGGUACACAGCUACACCAUAAGCUACACCAGAAGGUACACCAGAAGCUACACCAGAAGCUACACCAGAAGCUACACCAGAAGCUACACCAGAAGGUACACCAGAAGGUACACAGCUACACCAGAAGGUACACAGCUACACCAGAAGCUACACCAGAAGCUACACCAUAAGCUACACCAGAUGGUACACAGCUACACCAGAAGGUACACAGCUACACCAGAAGCUACACCAGAAGGUACACAGCUACACCAGAAGGUACACAGCUACACCAGAAGCUACACCAGAAGCUACACCAGAAGCUACACCAGAAGCUACACCAGAAGCUACAUCAGAAGCUACACCAUAAGCUACACCAGAAGGUACACAGCUACACCAGAAGGUACACAGCUACACCAGAAGGUACACAGCUACACCAGAAGGUACACAGCUACACCAGAAGCUACACCAUAA